AUGUCCUAUGCUGCUGUUGCAAAAGAUCCCUGCCGUAUCGAAUCAGAUAGUGAAGAUGAAAAAAGAGGUCAAAUACCCACGCCAAUUAUAACAAGACGAACAAUACCGAAGACUGUGACCAGCUUAUCUUGUCCAAAAACACCCGACUGGGAUGCUGCAUCUAACAGACCACAGGCCACCAGAACACAAUCACCUAUUCAAACACUAACAUCAUCGAAUAAAAAUGAACGUGGUGAAUUAGCAAGUCGGAUAUCAUCAUCUUCAUCAUCAUCGUCAUCAACAAGAUUGAACAAUGCUCAUGAACCAAUUGUACCAGCAUUGACAACCCCAGAACCGUCAUCUACAUUAUCUGCAACAGCGAACACAUCAAACUUCGAUCCUAUUGCAUUACUUCAGAAUAAUUUAAUGAAAUUUAUCAACACAGUUAUCCCGCAAGAUUAUUCCUCGUUUGUACAAUGUACUCUUCGACGUGACAAAGAUGGUCUCCAAGGCGGUUUGUUUCCAACAUUUUAUCUACAUGCUGAACGCCCUGUUGACGGUAAAAAGUGCUUUUUAUUAGCUGCUCGAAAAGUAGCGAAAGUCAAGCGACAAUCGGAGUAUCUCAUUACAACAGACGUCGCUACUUUAUCAGAAAAGUCGGCUGGAGAAGACUAUGUGGGAAAAUUGCGAGGAAAUAACGUCACUGGAACCGAAUAUACAUUGUACGAUCAUGGUUUAAGUCCAAAUAAAGUACCGAAUGGUAAAAUUUCGAACACCCGUGAAGGUCUACGACGCGAAUUAUUAGCAAUUGUCUAUAAUACGAACAUUCUGGGUUUCAAGGGUCCAAGACAGAUGAACAUUAUGAUUCCAAAGCUUGGCCAUGAUAUUCAACCGGCUAAGAACGAACCCACUAUUCUCGAACAAUGGCGAGAUCGACGUUUCAGCUAUUUAACGCAGCUGCGAAAUAAAGCACCAUCAUAUAAUGAAGAUACGAAAAAUUAUGUUCUGAAAUUUACUGGAAACCGCGUUGCUCAGCCAUCAGUGAAAAACUUUCAAAUUGUACUCGAAAAUGAUAAUCAUGAAGAAGAAGUCGUGAUGCAAUUUGGUCGAGUCAACGAAGAUAUCUUUACCUGCGAUUUUCGAUAUCCACUCACGGCAAUUCAAGCAUUUGGAAUUGCACUCAGCUCAUUCGAUAGUCGACUAGCAAGAGAAUAA